AUCUGAGUUUACUCAGGGGAACACAAUAUGCUGUUAUAGUGCAUGAAAUUAGUCCAUGGGGUUGAAACCUCUUCUAAGGGGAAAAUUAGGGGAAUGGGAGGAGCCGAAUUAACUGUGGGCUAACAAAGCUACCAUAGUCAUUAGAAGGUAAGUGAGCCCAAUCUGUGAGAGAUUACUAGCAACAGGUUCUUCACAAUUAUAGGAGUUUCUUAUCCAACUAUUAUCAUUGAGAAGAUUCUCCACUUUGGCUUAAAUCUGGUACAGAAUAAAGCCUGCAUGACUACAUAUUUUGCAUAGUACAAAGAUAUGCUUUCCUACUGUCCAACACACAAAAUUCGGUGCAUUCUUGAAUCCUUAGCAAAGCCAUUAGAUGUAAAUUCAAAAUAACAAGUUAAAUCCGUCAAAUCAGUAUGCAUGCGUAACCAUCAUGUGAAACUCCCAAGUUUUGCACUAUUUCUUCGUUAGGCGUUUCAUAAAUUCAUAACUGUGAAACGAGAUCAGCAAAAAGGAUGGGGGCCAGUGGCUUCAAUAAUAAUGGUGAAUGAUUGGUACUCCAGACCAAGACCAUGAAAAAGAUGCCCACCAUUUGAUUGGAAUUUAGUUUUUAGUGGCAUCCCACUACUUAAAAAGUGUUUUGAAAUAACAAAGGCAAGACCUUUUACUGACUAGUCAUUCAUGCCUUGCUAUGCAGUCGGUUUUCCUCCAAGGCUUGCCAUUCUUGGAAGUAUGUGAACUUUGAUUUAGGGUUGCACAUGUUAGGCCUGGACUGGACCAUAGAAGUUGGGCUGAGUGGAGGCCCAUCUGAAACCUUGCUGCACUCCAACUAGUGUUGGUACAUUAUGUAGAUAGUGAAAUGGGGUAUGGGGUAUGGGGAUGGAAGUAGGGAGUAGGGAGUAGGGAGUAAGGGAGACACAUAUUCUUGUCUUGGAGCAUUGGAAAGAGAUGAUCUUGUCUUAAAGCCAUAGCUACAGAGGGCAUCUGCUAAGGAGAGGGAGACAGACUGUGGUGAGUGUGUAUGAGGAUAGUGAUAAUGAAAAUGGGGCCAAGUGGGACCUCGACUUCCCCUAGUGGAGCAACGGGUCUUCACUAGAAGUGGAAGCUGCAAUGUCAAGCAAAGCAAAACAACUCUUCCCACCCCCACUCCAAAUAUCUCUAUCCCCCACCCACCCAACCCCCCCAAAAGGAAAAAAGGCAAAAAAAAAAGUGUGCUAAAAAACAACCAUAACAUCAUCAUCCCCCUUCAUUUUCUUCCUCUCCCUUCUUCAAUUCCACCUACUACCGUCUUUCAACUUGCUCAAAGCUCCUCUUUUCCACUGAGCUUUCUUGGCAUUCUAGCCAAAAGGGUGACACAAUUGAAUUUCUUGGAAUGGAUUCCUAUAAUCGAACAACUGGGUUUUGCUAUAACCCGAAUUCUGAUGGUGAUGGUGAGGAUGCUGAGUUUUCUGGGAUUCUUGAAAUCUUUGUUCAUCAUGCUCGAAACAUUCACAACAUAUGCAUUUAUGAUAAUCAAGAUGUGUAUGCCAAGUUCUCUCUUACUUAUAACCCUGAUGAGACCCUCUCAACUAGGAUCAUCAAUGGGGGUGGCAAAAACCCUGAAUUCAACGAAAACUUGAUCAUGAAAAUAACCCAACUCGAUUCAGUCCUCAAAUGCGAGAUUUGGAUGCUUAGCAGGGCCAGAAAUUUCUUGGAAGAUCAGCUUCUGGGGUUUGCUUUGGUCCCAAUUUCUUUGGUUGUUGGUAAAGGAAAGGUUACUCAGGAUUUUAGCCUCUCUUCUACGGAUCUCUUCCAUUCCCCUGCUGGAACCGUCCAAUUGAGUCUUUCCCUUAAGGCCUCAUUGCCCUCUGAACCAUGCAUCAAUUCAUCUGCCAAUUCUUCCAUAACUUCAGAAGUUGUGUUGUUGGAUCGAAAGAUCUCUCAAGUUAACUUGGAUCCAGUUGAGUAUUCCAGGAUUGAAUUCCCGGAUAUCAAUGUAGUUAGAGAGAACCAGCAGAUGGUUUCUGAGUACUUCGACUUAGCCAGGCAUGGCUCCAGCUCAAGGCCUGGUCUGGUCGGACCCGCCUCAUUUCUCCACCUUGGUGCUUCCCCUCAGCCUGUUGAUGACUACGAAAUGGUCGUGAAUUCCUCAGAGGAAAACCGGGGCGGAUCGGUUUCUCCCAAUGGGAGCAUCCAGAAUUCCGGUUUCUUGAGCUCUACCACAACAAGCUUGAGUGAUGAUAGGAACUCAGCAGAUUCCAUAGAGAAAAAGAAUCGGUUGGGUGGUGAACUCUCAAAUUCCCUCAAUGCCUCCAUCACCACUGAACCCAAUCAGAGCUCUGGUGCUUGUCCAGACACUCCAACUUCAAAGAAGGGAAUUGAUGUCAAAGAAGAAAAGGACUCAAAUUUCUCAAACAAGGAAGAGGAAAGCAACAAAGAAGGGAACAUGGGCAGUGUCAAAUUUGGCCAAGUGUUUUCAGCCCCACUUGGGAACAUCAAUCUUGAGGCAGAGCAGUCUGCAAUGCAGCAGCAGAUAGUAGACAUGUACAUGAGAAGCAUGCAACAGUUUACGGAGUCCUUAGCAAAGAUGAAGCUUCCAAUGAAUCUUGACAAGCCGGAACCUCAAGACCGCGGCGAUGUGAUUCAAAACCACACCACCAAUUUAGAACUGGAGAAGAAGAAGAAGGAUGGUUCAAGGGUGUUCUACGGCAGCCGGGCCUUCUUCUGACCCCAUAAUAACUUUCUAUGCAAGAGCCAUUUUAGCUGUUCACCCCAUGCUUUAAUUUAUCAAAACUUGGGGUGCCUUUCCGCUUCUUAAUCAGUAAUUUAUGACAUAGAUUUCAAUUCCAAGUCCCUUUCCAUCACCUUCCAUAACCAUCUAUCAAGUACUUUUGAUCUUGUUGCUUAUUGUGGUCUGUUCCAAAAUCAGGAAGCUGUCUUGGGGUUCCCAGUUCCCUUAUCCUUGGUUUCUACAUCAUCCCCACAUCAGAAAUGUUCUUGUUUGAUAAUAACUUUGUAAAAGCGAGAUACAUAAAAAAAAAAAAUGCUCUUUUCUCCUUCUGCCCUAUUUAUGAAAAGAAGAAGAUGGAAAUGGGGUUGGGGAAUUCCCAUUGCUGCUGUGCUUGUGAGAGUCAAAAUGAAGGAAAGUGGCUCUCCUUUUCUGUUCAUGGGUUGAAUAUACUCCCUUGUUUAAUUAUGUCUUCUUCUGUGA